GCCAAGUCAACACCAGACGUUCUGUCGGAGGGGGGAAAAGAGCAACAAGGAUGAGAAGGUCUUCUCGUUUGCUUGAGGUGACAGCUUUACUUGUAAUAGGCAUUCUGUGCCUGGUCAUCAUUUUUUUUAAAGAGGACAUUCCCCCUGAUGAACCCCCUAACCAUGUCCAGAUAAACAGAAUGGAAUUAACCUACAAAAACAGACCUCUGAAACCAACCAGUGAGAGCGCAGGUGUUUUCACCUGGGGCCAUUGUCAACGGAAUGAGUCUGCCGCCAAUGUGUCAGGAUUUUCCACUCUGCCUGGUCACAUCCAAAACUUCCUCUUCUAUCGUCAUUGCCGCCACUUCCCAAUGCUGCUGGACGUACCUGAUAAAUGUGGAGGCCCUCACAAGUCUGCUGACGUCUUCCUUCUGCUGGUCAUAAAAAGCUCACCUGUGAAUUACGACCGCCGUGAGGUACUACGGAAAACCUGGGCCAAGGAGCGACUGCAAAACGAGGUGUGGAUCCGCAGGAUUUUUCUCUCUGGAACCACAGGCACAGGCUUUGAGAAGCGCACGCUAAACAAGCUUUUACGACUGGAGAAUCGUGAGCAUAAUGAUAUCUUGCAGUGGGACUUCAACGACUCCUUCUUCAACCUCACCCUGAAGCAAAUCGUGUUCCUAGAGUGGAUGGACAAGAACUGCCGCCAGGCCAGAUUUCUCUUCAACGGUGACGAUGAUAUCUUCGCCAACACAGAUAACAUGGUGGACUUCCUUCAGAGCCAGAAAAACAAAGAUGGUGACAAGCACCUUUUUGCGGGCUAUCUAAUCCGCUAUGUCGGACCCAUUAGAGAGUCAGGGAGCAAAUACUAUGUCCCAGUCCAGGUUCAAGAGUCAGACUCGUAUCCCCCUUAUUGUGGUGGAGGGGGCUUCCUGCUCUCUGGAUACACAGCUAUGGUCAUUUACAAAAUGUCCCAUACCAUUCUCAUUUUGCCAAUUGACGACGUCUACAUGGGAAUGUGUCUGGAAAAGGCUGGUCUUAGUCCAGAGUCCCAUUUUGGUGUCAAGACUGCUGGACUGCAAGUCCCCUCCCAAAAAGUGGACGCUUACGACCCUUGUUAUUACAGGGAAAUAAUUCUAGUACACAGAUUUCUACCCCAUCAGAUAUAUAUCAUGUGGCAUGGAAUACAUGAACCUAACUUGAAAUGUGGGAAUUUGCAAGGUUCACUUUAAACCUUGAAAUCAGUCGCCUGCUCAGGUUUCUUUUUCCAAUCUUUUUUUGCCAAGCAAUUACUGAGGUGUGCUCUCUCAAAGCAGGUGUUAUUACUGCAGAUGUUUGAACAAUGCCGGAUCUAUUGGCAUAUGGCAGGGUACUGUGAAAUUUGACAGCUGGCACUGUUAUUCAUGUAAAUGAUUAACACAUUGAUUUAUAAUUCCCCCCCCAAAAAAAUGAAUAGACGUGUAUACCUGCCACUAUGCAUCACUUAUAUUUAUUAUACUUUAAAAGGGGAAAUGAAUGUCCAUUUUGUUUAGCCGUUGAUUCUCUCUUUCUUUACGCGGCCUGUCUGCUGUGUUUGACCUUUUUAUCUGAACACUCUAGUGUAAACCACUGUGCCUCAGGAACACCCCAACACCCGCUCAGCUCAGAAAGGAAACUGUUGUGGUUCACUGCACAAUAACUGUUAGACGGGGCAUUCUUUGUCUUUAGGCAUUCUGUUUGUUCUUUGUAAAUGUUUUCUUGAAAAUGUUCUCUUUUUAAAUUCAUAAUCAGAGGAUGAACACCUGUGUGUCUUUCUGUGAAUCUAAUGCUGACUGCAUGUUUAUAGAAUAUACUUUUCUAUGCAUUUGUAUAACAAUUGUGAACAGAUCCGUUUGUCCGUCGCACCCUAACACAGGUUGGAGACAUAAAAUGAACAGACCAGAA